AUGCGUAAAGGGUGGGCCGCAGUUUCUGCGAGGCUUCUACGUCUCGUUCUGCAUGAUGACGGACCUGAGCCUCUUGGAGCGAAGCGCUUCCCGGUGAAUUUCUUCUCAGUGGAGCCACGGCCACUUCUCCACGACAGCCAGGAUGUUUCCGUUUCCGUGGCGACCGAAGAAGAUCGACGUGCCUGGCAGCGCAUGUACGUGGAGUACCGGGCGGCUCAGAUUCCGCCGGGAUCACUGCCCUACGAAUCUGACGAGGUUGCUGCUGAUGCAGUUUGGGGCAUGAGCUUGCGUGGGCAGCUUCCGGGGACUGCCGACAUCUUGGUAGCCCGUGGGCAAGACGGCACCGUUUUGGGGGCGGCGACAGUGGCUCGGCUACCAGCUGCAGACGGUGCAGGUGCCAGUGCGCCACGUGGCUACCUUGGUGACCUCUUCGUCUCCCCCACGGCCCACGGUAAAGGUGUCGGACGGGCCCUCAUGGCACAGGUCAUGGCAAGGUGCAAGGAUGCGGGUUUUUCGGAGCUGUGCUGGUACUGCCUCCAAAGCAACGUGAAAGCCAUGGCAUUCUACCGUAACCUUGGCUUCGUGCCGACGGCUGCUACUGUCUGGCAGUAUCCGGAGGAUGCGCCAAGUGCAUCCGGCUAA